UUUCAGUUACGGAUUUGACGAAAUACUGUAACAUGUUCUUUGCUUUUUCUUGUUAGCCCGCUUUAAAAUGUUUUUACAAGCACAAAUAAACGUAUGUUUUUGUUAGAAAGUGUAAACUAAUCGAGUAUAUCUACAGUUACUGUGUUUUUGCGUUUGAAAAUGUCAGCGGCUGGCUUCACAUCUGUUAUGCUGUGAUGUAAACAUGGACAGGCCGGACACUACAUUCAGUCUGGCUUAUGCAGUAUUCACUCUCUGCUUUAUAUUUACACCCAAUGAGUUUCGCUCGGCAGGUUUUACUGUGCAGCAUAUGUUUGCAGGAUGGCUGGGCAGUGAAGACAUCUGCUUCAUUCAACACCACAUUAAAAGAACAACACUAACUCUGCUCGUGCAUUGCUUCCUGCCUCUAGGUUACUACAUAGGAAUGUGUUUCGCUGCUCCCGAACAAAAUCUUUUGUACAUCCAUCUUGCAAGUCAAGGAUGGCAAAUCUACUUGAGCGUUUCAUUGGCCAUUCAGCUUUUGAGCUGUGCUCUGGCUUUCUAUUGGUCCAGACACGGCUGGGCCAAUCAUCCUAUAUGCAAAGCCCUGAGCGUGCAUGCCUUAUCACAUUCAAGCUGGAGGGCCGUGGCUUCAUCCAUUAACAUUGAAUUUCGCAGAAUUGACAAAUUUGCUUCAGGUUCCCCUAGUGCAAGAGUGAUCGUCACCGAUACCUGGGUGAUGAAGGUCACAACAUACCACUUACACGUGGCUUUGCAUCAGGACUGUCAUUUGACUGUGACAGACUCCAAACAUCACAGCCUGUCACCUGAUUUAAACACACCUGUGCAGAUUGUUACCAUCACCGUUGCCAGUAUCAAUCCCAGAGUCAAGUCUUUUGACAUCAGGUUGAAAUCUACUGAAUAUGUUGAGCUACAAGAAAAGCUGCAUGCACCAAUCAGAAAUGCUGCCAAUGUAGUCAUCCAUCUGACAAUGAGUGAGCUGUUUCUGGAGACCUUUAAGACGUAUGUGAUGAUGAAUGAUGUUUACCGGUGCCCAAGUGGACAGGACCUUGAGGCAUGUAUUGGAUGUAUGCAAGUCAAUGCCAAUGUCAAACUCGUACGGCUGUGCCAGGAAGACAGUGAAUGCCAGCAGUGUUACUGUCGUCCCAUGUGGUGUCUUACGUGUAUGGGUAAAUGGUUUGCCAGUCGACAGGACCAGCAGCAGCCAGAGACGUGGCUGAGCAGCAGGGUACCGUGUCCCACCUGCAGGGCCAAGUUCUGCAUUUUAGAUGUCUGUCCCAUAAUAUGAUUGAAUAUUAUAUUUGCUUCUCAUAUCUGCAUAUCUUUCUAACAUUCAUCCUGGUAUUUCUGAGCAUUUGUACAUAAAGCACUUUAAGUGGAUUUCCAAGUA